AGAAGAAGAUGGCGGUGCCUGAGAAUGGCAGGGCGGGACAGCAACCCGAUGGACCCAAGUAUCCUCACGCCAGCACUCUGUUUGUCACUGCCCUCACGCACCAGCAGCCGCCCGGACGAGGGAACGUGGCCGCGGCCGGUAGACGUGCCUCGGUUCCCACGUUGGCGGCCGCAAGUCACAACCGGCGGCACAGUAAGCGGCAGCAUGAUGACGUGCCUAGGCCGACGGGGACGCCGCAACAACGCAGAGCGGCGUUCACGACUCGAAGCGUUCAGCCGAGCGGCGCACUUCCCCAGACUCUUGAGAAAACAGCUGCGCUCGCCGGAAAGCCGCUGGCUGCGACAACCGAGGGCGUCCCCAACCCGGCUUCUGCUGCGCCCGUUCGCCACGAGCAGAAGACGCCCUCCAUGCGACUCGCAACCGGCGGCGUCCAGGCGGUCGGGGGCCACGAGGAAGACGCCCCCGAGAGCGCCGCGGCAUGCGUGUUCGUCUACAUGUGCGUCGUGGUCUUCGGAAUCGCCUGGCUGCUCGUCUACGCCUACCGCAGCCUGUUGACCGGGCCGCCGCAAAUGGAGCCGUGUACGUACGAGGCAACGGCGUUGACGGCGACGAAGCCGUCCGUGGCCUCCGAGACGCGCGAACACGAACGCGGCGCCACUGGAAUACCGCUACUACCGCUUGGGAGGAGACGUGCCACCGCACUACCAUCGCGAGGUCCCAAGGCACGUGGUCGCGGAGCGUCGGAGAGCGCCGGAACCACCCGCGGCAUCGUCGGAACCGACGACGCGGAGGAAAGAGACGACGAUCGCGAACAAGCAGGAGACACGGCUGCAGAUCGGGCCCCGGCGACGACGACGACGCCUGGUGAAGAUCGGCUGCCCUUUGAACUGGUCGUGUUUGGGGCGCCGGCGAACGACGCGCGUCUUUCGAAUGGGAGCUAUGGGGAUCGGCAACGGGAGGGAAAAGGGUCAUUUAGAGCACCUAGGAGCACACGGCGUGUCGGUUGAACAGCCUUUACUCGUGGACUCGCCUGAAAUUGUAGAAACGCGCUUUUUCCUGUAUAUACCUGUAUGCACUGUAAUGACAAUUUGUGUGAUGGUGGUUUAGCCGGAAGGCUCUCACUCGCUGAGCAAUGUAUAGCGUUCUACCGUACGUACUUUCUCGUGUUCUUUGUCGAUUAUGGCCGCCGGGAUUAAAUUUGUCGCACGUUUGG